CUCUCUCUCUUUCUCUCUGCUCUGCCAAUUGAUCUCGGUUCGAGCAACGAACCUGAAUUAGAGGAAGGGCGAGAGAGAGAGAGAGAGAGAGAGAGAGAGAGAGGGGGGAAGGGGAGAAACUUAUCAUUUGGGUCGGAUCUCAGACCCCGACUCGGCAGCAAGAACCGCUCCUCGAGCCUUCCCGUCGAAUGGAUUCCGAUUUGUGGAUCUCGCGCCUGGAAGCGGCGAAGAGACACUUGUCGCUCCAGCUUCGCCACAAUAGUCGAUCAGAUCGGUUGAGCGUAGAUGACUUCGCGAUGGAGGAGGAGAUCUGGCCGGAUUUGCCCUGCCCGUACUGCUAUGAGGAUCACGACCUCGCUUCUUUGUGCUCCCAUCUUGAAGAGGAGCAUCCUUUUGAAUCGAAAGUUGCUGUUUGCCCUAUCUGCUCUGUGAAGAUUAUGAAAGACAUGCUGAAUCAUAUUAUAGUGCAACAUGGACACUUGUUAAAGAGAUCUCGGCCUUUAUCCGGGUAUACCAUCCCUAGCAGCCAGGCACUUUCCCGACUUAGGAAGGACCUUCGUGAAGCCCAUCUGCAGUUGCUUUUGGGAAAUGGGGUCUAUAGAUCAAGCAACACCACAUUGAAUGCAGCAGCUGAUUCAUUUCUUUCAUCAUUUGCACUAGAUUUCCCAACAUCUGAGGCAGAAAAACACUCAAGAUCUUCCAUUUCAGCUGGAGAUGAUUUGUGUUCUAAUAAUGAAUCAGCUUUACCAACUUGGAACUUGAGUUUUGACUCUUCAUUGACUCAUGAAGAGAGGGAACAAAAGCGAAAGCAUGCCACCACAAGAGCAACUUUUGUGCAAGAUUUGCUUCUGUCGACUCUUUUCACUAAUUGAUGGAGGUGCAAGGACGAGCGAAUGAUUUGUGGAUUCCUGUUGCUAACUGAUGGUGAAUCAUUGAGAACUCAUCUAAAGUCCUUGAUGAUGAAGGUGACAUACUAGGAAGAGAUAUGGUGGUGAUCUCAAUGUUCUUCAACCAGAUGGAUGCAUCGACAAAAAAAAAAAAUGCAGUAAUCCAAAUAUCUAUAAAUAAGUUAUACUUUCAGUAAUUGUUUUUCCUUAAUAACUUGUAGAGACAUCGUAUGCAUCAGAACAGUUUACAGUGUGAACUUUUGGUGGAAGAUACAUGUUCUUUA